GCUUUCUGGAGAGGGGCCUGGAAUUUCCCGUUGGAAUAGGACUUUGUCGUGCCGGGGCCAUGCGACCACAAAUGCGCCAGACCCAGAGGGUCCCUCGGUCAUGUAUACAAUGCACCCGUAGGAAAGUGAAAUGCUCGAAGAGGAUACCUUGUGACAAAUGCAUUGAACGUGGGGAGUCGGCCGCCUGUAUGCGUGAGGUUGUUAAGGUUGCUGGGAAAGUCACUGUUGCAGUAGACGAAGAUGUGCCAUCAGACGAUAGUGCUACUGGCACCGCUUCGAAGCUUCUGGAGGAGAAUAUGAGCCUCAAAAUGCGAAUAAGGCAGCUGGAAUCAGUUCUCUCCCGACCGGAAAUGCUAAAAGUGGAAGCCAAUAUCCCCGGACGCACAGCAGCCGUAGAGGACUUUCAAUCCUCGGAGAGUAUCUUAAGCGAGUUUCAGCGCUUACCGUUCCAACUAUCAGUUGAGCCAGGUCAAGGUCAUGCGGAUAGUACUCGUCCGUGGGAUGACCAUGUAAUGCUUUGUCUACCUGCCCGCCACUGGAGCGACGUAAUUGUGAAGUUCUCUCUAAGAGAGUUUGGAUGGGUUCAUUGUGCCUUAGAUGCAUCAGUCUUCAUGCGAGAGCAUAAUGCAUUCUGGGAUAGCUUGAUCGCAAACGAAGGAAAUAGUCUUAGGGAUCAUGCUUGGAUUGCCGUAUAUCUAAGCGUCUUAGCCGUUGGCGUAUACUUUAUUAGUGAAGAGAAAAUACAAAACCUCCAGUUGGUUUAUGAGAGCUUCUCUGCCCGAGAUCCCUCUGUGCGGUCUUCACUGGGCCGGGGAUCUAUAGAAUUGUCGCGUAGUUGGCGAGCAGCUGCCUUGAAAGAGUUGAACUAUGCCAACUACACCGGCAAGCCAAGCUUGCGAACCGUCCAGGCCUUGGCAAUUCUGAACGUGAUUCAUAAGAAUCUCGGUGAAUCAGACCAGGAAUAUAUUCUUCAUGGUACGGCCGUGAAUGUUGCUCGACUCAUUGGGCUCGAUCGUCUUGGGCAUGAUCGUGGAACAGUGAGUACACACAUGGAAAGCUUAGAGUCGAAUUCAAGUCAGCAGAAUGUUCUUCGAAGGUUGUGGUGGACACUUGUCGUUUGUGACUGGAUAGCUGUGUGGUCACGUCCAAUCACGAUCCAUCCAGAGUCUUUCACAACAGUACUGGAAGUAACGGAAGGCCAAAGCACCUUUAUCGAUGGGAGCUUUACCUCUGCCUCGCCACAUAGCUUCGAUGAAGGGACGAACCGUCCGUCUACCUUCGAGUAUCAUAGAGCAAUAGCUCAAUUGGCCAUUACUAUACAGACCCACGUCGGAUCCAUCAAAAGUUGGGAUAUAAAAGUACUACAAGAUACCCUUGGGGAAUUAGACCGCAUCUCAUUAUCCUUCCCACCCCAUCUCACAUUGCUAGGCCAGGACGCCACCAUGGACGUAGUAGGCCAUGAACCCAACUGGAUCACAGUGCAACGCUAUUUACUCCACAACUGCCUAGAUAGCUGGCGGAUCCAUCUCUGCGUUGCAAUCUUGCCCCACAUUCUGGAAAACCCCAACGAAGAUGGAGGGGAUGUCCUCCAGCACGGGAUAUUAGCUGCAAAGCGUCUUCUCCAGCGGAGGCAACACGCACCAUGCCCUCAUUUCCACAAGUUCUGGGCAGUGACGGCCUCUAUCAUUACUGCAGGAAUCUAUACCAUCAUAGACCUGAUAUGCCUACGAAAGUAUCGAUCGCCCCACGAAUUAAGUGAACGGAGGGAACUAGUUAGACUAAGCAUCAGUAUGCUGGAGCAGUCUUUCACAGAGACGCGUCACGGUGCAUUACUCGUCCUUCGGCGGCUAUCUCAUCUAGACGACAUCAUAGACCCAUCGCAAGAAAUUAACCGACUCGUACUCUCGAAGAUAGUGAGGUUAACAGCGUCGCCCCGUCUGUGGGCUUCUCUUCCAGAUGCCCAUGCGACUUUAGGAUAUUUGUUCCCAGAGCCAGGUUUUGACAAUCCGGGAAACACGUCGUCGUCAUCGCCGAGCAGUAGUCAGUGUGUGGAUAGCAGAGUAUCUGGAGAAUGCGCAACACUCCCAGAAUUCCCUGUUGAAUUGGACUUCUUUACAACGGCCAUUGGGCGGAGCGAGAUCCUACCUCACUUCGGCGAUUUGUCGUCGUCGUUGGAACUUAUUGACAUGUCGAUGCCAUGGCUCGACUCAUUCCCUCUUGAUGAUUUUGUUAAACAGUCUUAA